AUGAAGAAGGGGUUUUACUCCUGUUGUUUUGCUUCCAAGGCACGGUUGUAUCUUGUUUAUUGCUUUGCUGUGUGUUCUUGCUGUAAAGAUGUAAAGUUGGACACCGUUAUGAUGCCAAACGCGUCCUCAGGAUCCUGGAGGGAAGGUAGAGACAACCCACUUCCACAGCUCAAUGCUGCGAUGCAGUGUUGUGGAUGUGGAGAGAAAAGUUGUCCACGGUGUCGGAGGCAGAAUACUUUAGAUAUGCCAGAGUUUGUAGUUUAAAAAAAGGAUGUUUACCACACUGGGAUGUUGUGCGUAAAAGACGCACAAACACGGAACUCCAGAGCGGAAUUAUGGAUCAUUUAUCCAAACAAAAUGUGUUUGUAGCAGUCUACAACUAACUUCACCUUUGUGAAGACUGAUGGAAGUUGACAACUGCGUCGAAAACCAACUACAUUCAUGUCCGAGGGAUUGUGUGAAACCGAUGAGUUUAGUCAUGGAUGAUCAUGGAGCCCAGCCCCAUCCACGCAGCUCUGGUCUGAGGGUGUCGACCAAAAGCAAAGCACCAACCCCGCCAGGACUGAAACAGUUGGACUCCCCCGGUUUCUCUCAGUGGUACCCAGGAACCCUUCAUUUAACCAUGGACCAGAAGGAGAACCUCAUUGAUAAAGACCUCUCUCUGGUCGUGGUUCUGCCUGGCGGAGUAGAAGAAAUGACCACAGUCCAUGGAAGCAAACCCCUAAUGGAUCUGUUAGUGACGCUUUGUGCAAAGUAUCACCUGAACCCAUCGAGCCACACCUUAGAGCUGGUCACCGCCAAGAAGAACAAAACCAAGCUCAAGCCCAACGCCCUCAUAGGAACUUUGGAUGCAGAGAAGAUCAUACUUAAACCUAAAGGGGAGGAUAAAAACAAGAAGACAGGUCCUCAGAUGCCUGAGGCAACUGUUCGGAUGGUGAUAAACUACAGGAAGACCCAGAAGACUAUUCUACGAGUCAGUCCUCGAGUUCCCCUGGCUGAUCACCUACCAGCCAUCUGUGAGAAAUGUGAAUUUGACGUGGAGACGACGGUUCUGUUGAGAGGUGUCCACUCACUGGCCCCUUUGGACCUGUCCUGCUCUCUUAAUGAUUAUGCAAUAAAGGAGGUUUAUGCAAGAGACACUAAAGGACCUGCUUCUCCUUCUCCUGUGUGUCCAGCCUCACCAACGCAUGCAGGAACAGUCAUGCCGGGCAAAGAUAAAAAUCAGAAAGAGAAAGAAAACAAAGGCCUCUUCAGCAAGUUUCGGAAAAGCAAGAAAAAAUCUGACCAGGCAACGACAGCCAGUGCCCCAGCUUCUCCUGUGCUUGUGAGCAAGCCUCGACCUCUCAGCAUGGCCCUACCUAGCUCCAACUCGUCUCCGCUCGGCUCCCCUACGCUACCUGGCGUCGUGCCAAAGAAGAGACGCGCGCCCCAGCCCCCAAUCGUCAUGUCUCAGUUUUUCCCCUCGGACCUCAGCACCCGCAGGAGACUCCACUCUGCACCCUCACUGGACAGCGACCAGAUGGCUGGUUUUAGUCGUGGGUCCUCAGCAGAGUCUUCACUGAAGAGAACCAAACGCAAAGCUCCUCCACCGCCCACAUCCCCUACUGCUGGUGUCCAAGAAACAGCUCCUCUGGAUGAAAAGUUGCAAGGGGGUGCAGCAGCUGCUAACGCACUGGAGGAGAUCAUGGAGCAAGAGGAGAGCACUGCCUCUGUAAAGUCUGCAACUGCUAGUGACGUCCACGGAGAGGUCGACAGCCUCAACAUGUCUGCUGAUGCUUCGUUGCAUUCCCCGUCCCCAGAGACCGAGAUACUGACCACGAUGUCCACAGAGGGAAAUGGGGAAGAUCAGUCUCGUGAUCUGUCCUCAGAUGGCAAUCGACUGCAGAGCGCGGCGGAUGACUCUGCAACUCUGGGUGAUGCGAGGACAGCUGAUGGCACUGAGACGUCUGAACUAGCUGAUAAUAAUAGUGGUCCAGUUGAAGAGUCUACACCUCAAAGUGUUGACGUUGAUUGCAGUACUGUACCCAGCAGCCUCCCUCCGCCCGUGAUGCAGGAUGCAGAAGCACAGGCCUCCGUUCAGGCAGAAACCCUCGGGGAGCAGACUGACAGGUUGGAGAGCCCAGCGGCCACCAGCACAUCAUGCCCCGCUGGAGAGGAAGUGCAAACAGAUUUGACACCGCUACCUGUGCCUCCACAACAACACAUGGACAAAGUCCCUUCCUCGGCUGCCUUUGAAUCAGCGGGGAAGAACGAUCUGGCCGCUGCUACGGAGGAACACGCCUUAUCCCACGCCUCGGAGACCUCAUCGUGCCAAGACUCCACACCAAGUGCUCCUGCCGCAACAAAGGCGCCGUCUAUUUAUGCCACAAACUCUGAGCCAAAGCCCAAGCCUUCCAACGAGCUUACGAGGGACUACAUCCCUAAGGUGGGGAUGACGACGUAUACCAUCGUGCCUCAGAAAUCUCUGGAGAAACUGAGAUAUUUUGAAGUUGCACUGACAUUGGAGGUGCCUCCUGCAGCUCCAGAAGACGGACUGAAUAUCGGGUCUCUUCAGUUGGAGGAGAGCACGGCGCCGGGGGGACAGACGGAGGUCUCAAAGGAAACAAGUGAGCUGCACUCUACUAUACCCAGGGAAGACUUACUGACUAGCACUACUACUACUACUACUACCACCCAAGACACUGUUAAUGGAAGUAUACCUGAAUCCAUUCAUCCCUCGUCACCGACAAGUCUACCUAAAGCAGAUGACAAGAUCUCACCCUCGGCUAAUGGGGCAUCUCAAGCGGGUUCGCCAGCAGAGGUCAAGGAGAUGAAAAUUCCACCCGCAACUAAACCUAAGCCUGGUUCUUUCCGCUUGGCACAGCACAAAAAAACACCUGGGUAUUAUGUAACCUCGGCAGCAGAAAAGACUCUCAUUGCCAAGGAAGGAAGUGCAGAGCGAGCAAACUUACCGCCCCCUCCUCUUCCGCCUCCCGUGCAGAGUCAAGAGGAGACGCCAGGGGCCGCUAAUGUGGAGCUGAGCCCUAAGGCGGCUGACAAGAACAUAGCCUUCAUGCGAAUGACGAGGCAGAGUAGUUUGCCAUGUAGAGAGCCGGUCGUAGGGUUGAGUUUGGAGAAGUUGAGGAGCUUUGCAGCCCCGAGGCCCUACGCUCCUGUAUCCCCGUCCCGCUUCGCCCAGGCAGUGUCUUCUGCUGUGAAAAGGAGCAACUCCUUAUCCCACGGGCCAAAGAUGCCUCGCUCGCCUGUUUCACCGCCCUUCUUCCCGAUCGCAAGUCGCUCAUCAGUCAUAGAGUCAUCUGAGCUCAACAAGGAUGGUGACAAUAGAGAGGUGGAUGAUGACAAAGGAUCUACUUUGCAGGGAGUCGAGGGUGAACCGCCUUCUUUGAGUGGGAUUGUUCAAAUGGAAGGAGAGAGCAGUCCAUAGCAGUGCCUUAAUUCUUCUGACAAUAUAUCAUCUACUGAGGAGCUUAUCCUGUCUACUUUGAGUUCUCCAGGACCCUUUAUCCCACGACACACAGAAGCAGGAACUGUCUUGUAUUUUACCUCUUUUGGUAGUCUCCAACAGUGUACAUGAUGUAUUUUGAUAAUUAAUAAUUGCUGUAUUUUGGUUUUAUUUUCUCACAUGUCAUUAAGUAAUAUCCCAGUGGCGCUGACCUGCAUAUUUUAAUGCUUCUCUGUUAUUUUGUGUGACGACUAUCUUGCAUUUAAUGCAUUACUGUUGUGAGUGAACAAGGACGUUAAUGAGAACAAUUCUAUAAAUUAUUAGAAAAUGUAUUAUCUUAAUAAUACUGGAUGUGUAGGACAGACCAGGUCUGACCUAUGGUACUUAAAUGCUCCUUAGAUUAUACAUCAAAUCUAUAUUUAAGUAUUACAGAGUUUUGAUUAAGCUAUUAUAUGCAGAAAUACACUGAUGUGCACAGCACACAUGUUGUUCUUGUAAAGCAGUGUUGUUACGAAUAAAGCUUUUAUCAUUCCA